AAACAUGACUAGUAUACCAGAAUUCAAUAGCUUAAUCAAUAGCAUGCUUUGUCCUGAAAAUAAAGAAAGGAGAGAAGCAGAAUAUCAGUAUGACCAAAUUGAAGUUUUACCAAAAACUCGGUUUUUGUUUCAGUUGUUUAUGGAUCAAACUGCCAGUGUUGAGGUACGGUCAUUAAGUUUAGUGCUAAUGAGACGACUGCUGUAUAAUAAAUGGAGCGAACUGUCGUCAGCUUGGUCCAAAGAAAAUCGUGAACAGUUUUGUGAUCAGCUUCUAAAGUUAGCUACUGAAGAGCAGAAUCAUGUACUGAGAAAACGUGUCAUUGAUGUUAUCGCUGAACUUGCGCGUUCAACCAUUGAUUCUGAAACUGGAAUCCAAAAUUGGUCAGGUGUUAUUCAGUUUUUGGAGUUAUGUGCGUCGUCGAACAACGCUACGUUGCGCGAAACAGGCAUGAUUUUGUUUGAAAAUAUUCCAUCAGUUUUUGGCGCCAGUCAAGAUCGCUAUCUUCCGGGAAUUAAGCAAAUGUUUCAGUCUUCAUUGCUUUAUGGUAGUGAAGGAUCAGUUAGGACUGCGGCAGUACGUGCAUUUGUUGCAUUUAUGUGUGACAAUGAAGAGGACAAAAGAGUCAUCAGAUCACUUUCUGACCAGAUUCCUGCAGUUAUUCAGGUCUGUCAGCAUGUUGUAGCUACAGAAGACGACGAUGAUGUACCUCUGCAGUGUUUAGGUGAUCUUGCUACUAGUGUUCCAAAAGCAUUACAACCAUAUCUCAGUGAUGUUUUUACACUUUGUUCUUCGACAGCCGCUGAUGUGGAAAAAGACGAUUCUUACCGACAUAGUGCUCUUGAAGUAAUAGUUUCUUUAUGUGAAAAUGCUUCUGGUAUGGUGAAAAAAAAUGCAGCUACAUUUUUUCCCGCGAUUUUAAAACAGUGCUUGAAUUUCAUGACAGAACUUGAUGAUGACGUUGAUGAAUGGUUGAACUGUGAUAGUGCUGAAGAAGAUAGUGGAGAAGAUGCUGUCGGUAUUGGGGAAUCGUCGUUAGAUCGUAUCUCAUGCAGUUUGGGUGGAAAAUUUAUCUUGAAUACAUUUUUACAUAUUUUGCCAAAUAUGUUGCAAGGUGAUGAAAAUUGGAAAAGCCGUCACGCAGCGAUAAUGGGCAUUUCUACUGUUGGAGAAGGAUGUAAACGUCAAAUGGAACCACUUAUUGAAGAAAUCGUUGAUAAUGUCGUACCAUUUUUAGAAGAUUCUCAUCCCCGUGUGCGAUAUGCAGCUUGUAACGCUUUAGGUCAGAUGUCAACUGAUUUCUCCCCUACUCUCCAGAAGAAAUGUCAUGAAAAGGUUGUAAAUGGUUUAUGUGCACGCCUGAUUGACUUAAGUUGUCCGCGAGUUGCCGCUCAUGCUGGGGCUGCUCUUGUAAAUUUUAGUGAAGAUUGUCCAAAGAAUAUCAUCUCUAUAUAUCUCCGUCAGAUAAUGGAGAAAUUGGAAUUUGUUCUUGAUCAAACUUUUAAACAGCUUUUGGAGCGCGGAAAAAAGCUUGUCUUAGAACAAGUGAUCACAACUAUAGCGUCUGUUGCUGAUGCUUCUCAAAAUCAUUUCGUCGCAUUUUACGACAGUUUGAUGCCUCCCUUGAAAUAUAUCCUGCAAAAUUCAAAUGUCAAUGAACUAAAUACACUUCGAGGCAAAACAGUCGAGUGCAUAUCGCUCAUCGGAUUGGCAGUAGGAAGGGAAAAGUUUGGCAAGGACGCAAAAGACAUUAUGCAGAUAUUGUUAGCUAACCAAGUUCAGUUGGAACAAGCGACAGACGAUGAUCCAGAAGUAGCUUAUAUGAUAAGUGCAUGGGCUCGCAUAUGCAAAGUUCUUGGUGAAGAGUUUGCUCCUUAUUUACCACUAGUAAUGCCUUCGGUAUUGCAAGUGGCAGCAGUCAAACCUGAUGUAACAUUGAUGAACGAUGAAGAUGUGGCUAAUCAGGAAGAAGAUCCUGAUUGGAAUUUCAUUCCUUUGGGAGAUCAAAAGAUGUUUGGCAUAAAAACCACUGGGUUGGAAGAUAAAGCUACUGCAUGUGAAAUGCUUGUAUGCUAUGCUCGCGAACUCAAGUCAGCUUUCAGUCCUUAUAUCGAACCGGUCACUCAGUUGAUGCUCCCUCUUCUUAAAUUCAUGUUUCAUGACGCUGUACGAUCCGCAGCCGCUGAUAUUUUCCCAUGCUUAUUGGAGUGUGCCCGCAGUAGGGGAGAUCAAUUUCGAGUACAACUAUGGAGUGCGAUCAUAUCAGGUUACAAAGAGGCCAUAGAUGUGGAACACGACCGCGAAGUAGUCGCCGAUCAACUUCAUGGAAUAGCGCAGUGUAUUGACGAAUUGGGUCCUUCAUUAAUCACUCAAGAGCAGUUGGAAUUAAUUCUGAACAUUAUCAAUCAACAAAUGUUGGAAUAUACUAAUCGAAAAGUGGAACGUGAGAAAAGUCCUGUUGAUGAUGAUGACUUUGAGUCAGCGGAUACAUUGGAUGACGAAGUAGAAGAAGAUAUUGGCGUACUGGCUCGCAUCUCUGACAUUAUCCACUGUCUUUUUAAAGCAUACGGCGCGAGCUUUUUCACUUAUUUUGAAAAACUGGUCGAUCAUUUCACUCCAUUAUUGGAGUCACAAAAACAUUAUAGUGAAAGACAGUGGUCGAUUUGUGUAUUUGAUGAUUUAAUUGAAUAUGGUGGUGAAGCCAGUAUAAAAUAUUAUUCAUCUUUUUACGGCCCUAUGAUAGCUGCACUUUCUGACGAAUUUCCUGAAGUGCGUCAAAGUGCAGCAUAUGGUUUUGGAGUUAUGGGACAGCAUGGUGGGAAUAUUUAUGCUCAAGCAUGUGCAGGUGCUUUACCACAUCUUGCUAAUAUGAUUUCGAGAGAGGAUGCUAGGUCCACUGAAGAAGGAAACAUCGCUACUGAGAAUGCGAUAAGUGCUGUUGCUAAGAUUCUCAAAUAUAAUUCAAGGAUGGUAGAUGUUAAUGCGGUCAUACCUACGUUUUUGAGCUGGCUGCCAAUUUGGGAAGAUCCUGACGAAACACCGCAUGUUUAUGGUUAUUUUGCCGAUUUAAUUGAAAGUAAUAAUCCCUUUGUUUUGGGAGAGAAUAAUUCUAAUCUCCCUCGAUUGUUAACUGUGAUCGUGGAAGCUUUUGAAAAAGGAGCUUUCGAUAAUGAUGGUAAUGACGAUAAUGUUAAACAGCGUUUGAUCAAUAUUUUGAAAUUCAUACAGGUAGAGUGGAAGAGUUCUUUGUCACCUGUAGCAGAUAAAAGUCUUUUCGAUGCUGUAAUUGGUGGUGCCGGUUUGACUCAGCUUCAAAUUACAAUAUUACAUCAACUGCUGGCAUGAAA